AUGAAAUUUGAAGCCUAUAUUUUGCCGACGCCAGCCAUUGUGCUGAUAGCUAUUCUCCUAUUGGACUUGGGGCAAACCCAACGCUUUGUUAACGCCAUACUUAAUUUGAGAGUGGGUGUAGGGAAGCAUGCUCGUGCUAAGCUGAAGUUUAUCCUCAUUGGAAUUAGCGCCUUCAGGCUCCUUGUACAGAUUUCUUAUCUCGGAUACACCAAAUCUAGAUAUCGGGAAUUCACAUCAAACGUUAUUGCAGGGCAUAUGCUGGCAUCCGUUGAUGCUGAAGACCGUUUGAAGAUCUCCGUAUCCAGAGCUGAGAGGAAUUUCUGGAUUUGCUUCAUGAAUAUUGGCCUGUGGUUAACUGUCGCUAGAAUGAACGCGGUACUUGGUCACCUGAACAAAAAGAUUCAAAACAGCAAGCUUCAAGGCCCCUUCCGGCCUGUUGACAUGCCUGAGAACACAAAACCCGUUACGGUAAGGAAUAGGAAAGAGCAGAAGAUUUGA